AGAAAAUGGAUGGUUCAGCAACUCAACAACAGCUGUGGCCACAUAAAUCCAGGAGAUUAUCUACAAUUUUAUUAUCAGUAAUGUUAAUCAGUCACGUCACAUUACAUCAGACACAGAUUUUUUCAGGGAAGAAAUCAGCCACAUAGAAUUUUCUUGGAUAUCACAUCAGACACAGAUUUUCUUUUUCUUAUGGAGGAUAUCAGCCACAUAGAAUUUUGUUGGGUAAGAUAUCAGACACAGAUUUUUUUUUUCAGGGAGAACAACAGCCGCACAGAAUUUUCUUAGGGAAGAUAUUUGGACACAGAUUUUUUUAGGCAAGACAUCGUAGCCACAUAAAUUAAUAGAAGAAACAAGGCACCUGGAUAGCAGGUUUAUCUUACUUACAAUUAAUUUUACACACAUGAGUCAAGUUGCAACCGUGGCCAUCCAAAUCCUGUGGCAUUAGAUUGUUUAUCCUCAUGGCAGCUCAUUUUUCUCUGCAUAUUUUCGACCACAUCUUUUGCAACAGUGUUUUUUGCCAUGGUGUCCCCUCAGCAUCUGUCCGUUUAGGCGCUAUGAUCAAAGGCAGAAGCUGAGAUGUUUGAGGGUCCCAAUAGUCAUAUCGCUUGGUGCCAUGGGAUCCCAGCUUCUUUGGGAGCUCAACAUGGCCUCAUCUGAUGCAGGCUGCCUAUCGAAGAGGGAUUAAGGCCGGAUGCAGAUGUUUUGAUCCGAAGCAGAGGCAGAAGCAAAGUCAGGGAGACGGGGGCCACGAUCAGUGCUUCGUUGGGCGCCAUGAGACCCCUUAUUGGGAAGUUGGACAUGCUUCUCCUUAGGGAUGCUCCUCAGAAAUGCUGCUCCAAGAGGAUCAAGGACAGGAUGCGCCUCCUCAAAGAUGACGUUCAAAAGAUAAGUUCCUACGUUGAUGAACUAUCAGAGGUGGAAGACCCUCCGCCAAUGGCCAUGUGCUGGAUGAAUGAGGCACGCGACCUGUCUUACGACAUGGAGGAUUACGUCGACAGCUUAUUAUUUGUGCCGCCUGAAGAUCCCUCCCUUUUUGCCAACAACAUCAAGGCCACCAGAUCCCUCCGCAAAUGGUUCAGUCGUGUCAAGACUUCCCAGACUCAGGUUAUUAGUGCGGGAACAUUAUCAGAAUUCAGGAGGUAUGUCCAGGAGGCCAUUCAACGGCACCAGAGGUAUAAUCUCCAUUCUUGCAGAACCUUGAGGCGUAGGUUUGUGUCCCAUGGCCCUAUGAUUCUUCCAAGGCCAUAUGAAGAAACUGCAGACAUAGUAAUCGAUGGCCGGAUGAAUGAAUUUAUCAACUCACUGGCUACCGAUGGGGACCAGCAGCUCAAGGUGCUUUCUGUUCUUGGAUCUGCUUGUCUUGGUAAAACCACACUUGCUAGAGUGUUGUACAACAGAUUUAGGAAGCAAUACAAUUGCCGAGCUUUCAUUCGAGUAUCCAAGAAGCCUGAUACGAAGAAAAUAUUCUGUGACAUGCUCUCACAACUCAAGCGGCAACAUCCUCUGCAACAUUGUAGGGAAAUUGAUCUCAUUCACGAUAUCAAGCAAUAUCUACAGGAUAAAAGGUAUUUAAUUAUUAUUGAUGAUGUAUGGGCUGCAUCAGUAUGGGAUACUAUUAAUCAUGUUUUUCCAAAGGGUAAUCAUGGCAGUAGAAUAAUAACAACUACACAGAUCGAAGAUGUUGCAUUAACAUGUUGCUGCUAUCAGUCAGAGUAUGUUUUUGAGAUGAAACACCUAGAUGAUGAUCAUUCUAGAAAGCUUUUCUUUAACAGACUAUUUUGCUCUGAAAGAGAUUGUCCUGAACAGUUCAAAGAUGUUCUAGAUGAAAUUGUUGAAACAUGUGAUGGUUUGCCGUUAGCCACAGUUAGCAUAGCAAGUGUUUUAGCAAGCCAGCCUGUCAUGUCAAUUGAUCUUUUGACAUACAUCCAUCGGUCGCUAAGCUCUUGUUUCUCGGCAUCAGAAAGAACUAGACAAGCACUGAAUCUGAGCUUUAACAGUCUUCCUCAAUAUUUGAAGACAUGUUUGCUUUAUCUUAGUAUGUAUCCAGAGGGCUACACAAUCUUGAAGGAUGAUUUGGUGAAGCAAUGGGUGGCUGAAGGUUUGAUCUAUACAACAGAAGGGCAAGACAUCUUGAAAGAUGCAGAGAGCUAUCUCGAUCAACUUAUUGGUAGAAGAUUCAUCCAACCGAUAUGUGUCAACUACAACAAUGAGGUGUUAUCCUGUGCAGUGCAUGGCAUGGUACAUGAUCUUAUUGCACACAAAUCCGCAGAAGAGAAUUUCAUUGUGGCAAUAGACUACAGCCAAAAGAAUGUGCCACUCUCUCAAAAGGUCCGUCGACUAUCUCUCCUCUUUGGUAAUGCAAAAUAUGCCAAGAUACCAGCAAACAUCACAAAGGCACAAGUUCGGUCACUUGGAUUUUUUGGAUUACUCGAGUCUAUGCCUUGUAUUACAGAGUUCAAGCUUCUUCGUGUCCUGAACCUUCAACUGUUCCGUCAUGCUGGCGAUGACGAUGGCCCUGUAGACCUCACUGGAAUUUCAGAAAUGUUUCAACUGAGAUAUUUGAAGAUUGCAGGUAAUGUCUGCAUAAAACUGCCAAACCAUGUGCUACAAUGUUUGGAAAUACUGGAUAUUGCGGAUGCAAGAGUUGCUUGUGUUCCACGAGAUAUCCAUUUACCAAACUUGUUACACCUUGGUCUUCCUGUUGAUAAAAAUCUGCUGGAUUGGAUUAACAGCAGGAUGUCUCUCAGUGUGGAGAGAGUACGGAAGCUGCAGGAUCUUCACCUGACCAGAUCUUCUGCACUUUCUUCUGACCAUCUGAAUAGAAGCAUGAGUUCUAUUUUAUCUUUACUUGGAGGACAUGGCAACCUGAAAACUUUAGUAGUGGCUCAUGGCUCAUCGGCUAAAAAUGCUCGUGGCGCUUCAGAUGUCACCCUGUCAUUGGAUCUCCUGGCACCCCCACUUCUCCAGAGAUUUGAAUUCUCGCCACAUAGCCAUAUCAUGUUCUCGCGAAUUCCUCUGUGGAUUGAGAAACAUGGCAACCUAAGAAUUUUGAAGAUUGCAGUGAGGGAACUGCAGAUGAGUUGUGUUGAUAUCCUUAGAGGAUCGCCUGCCCUCACUGCUCUCUCUCUGUAUGUGGAGAAGGCGCCCUACGACAAGAUCAUCUUUGACAAGGCUGGGUUCUCAAUUCUCAAGUACUUCAAGUUGAGGUUCACGAGUGACAUAGCUUGGAUAAAAUUUGAGAAAGGUGCAAUGCCUAAUCUCUGGAAGCUCAAGAUAGUUUUCAAUGCCAUCCCCUCUUUUGAAAAAGAUGGUACUGCACUCAUCAGCAUCGAGCAUAUGCCAGGCCUUAAAGAGAUCUCCACAAAAUUUGGGGGUGAAGCUCCUGAUCUAGAGUAUGCCUUGAGGACCUUGGUUAGUAAUCAUCCGACCAAUCCUAUAAUUAACAUGCCAUCAAAUAAGACUCUGGGGGGAGAACAACCACAUAGGAAUCUGGAGGAAGAAUCAGAUGAGAUUCUGAAGGAAGAUCCAUAUGGGAAUCUGGAGCAAGAAUCGGAUGAAAUUCUGGAGGAACAAGAGCCAGAUGAAUACGAUGAGAGAUUAGAGAGGCGACAGGCUGAUAAAAGGUACUACAAAUGUUCCUUGAUUUCAAGGUCAUCAGAUCCAUCUUCGCGUCUACAUGUUCCAGUACCAGUUGGUGCUUCUGAGAUGGGAAGUGAGCCUGAUGUGGAAAUCCCUGCGGCACCAACUACUAAUGAUAAUACGAUGUUGUCAGUCAAUCUCGAAGCAUUUGCUAAGGAAAAUUAUCCGAGCACUAACUUGGAAAGUUCUGUAAAGGAGAUGGAAAGAGUGGCAGGUUUAGAGGAUCAUCAGAUGGAAGAUAGCACACAGAAAAAGCAGAGCAAAGAUGAGGCGGACGAAGACUCAUCCAUCCACUCACCCCGGCGAGGGAGCCCUACACCGCCGUUACUGUUGAAGAAGCCGGGCAAGAUCGCUCUCCCCUCCCACGAGUCCACCAUGGGCAGAUUCCUCUGGGCUCCAGCGUGGGACAGGGACAGGAUGCAGAUCGGGAUGUUCAAGGACGGCGACGGCAACCUGCUCGUCAACAAGGACGGCCUCCGCAUCACCCCGCAGACCGAGGAAGGCGAGGCUCCUCCUAUAGAGCCGUUAGAUAACCAUCAGUUGAGCAUACAUGAUCUGGAAGCAAUCAAAGUGAUUGGGAAAGGUAGUAGUGGAACCGUGCAAUUGGUGCGCCAGAAAUGGACUGGCCAGUUUUUUGCUCUCAAGGUUAUACAACUCAAUAUUCAGGAAAGCAUACGCAAGCAACUUGCCCAGGAGUUGAAAUUAAGUUUGUCAACACAGUGCCAAUAUGUUGUCACAUGCUAUCAGUGUUUCUAUGUCAAUGGUGUUAUUUCUAUUGCUUUGGAGUAUAUGGAUGGAGGCUCUCUGGCUGAUUUCCUGAUGACUGCUAGAACCGUUCCAGAGGCCUACCUUGCUGCAAUUUGUAAGCAGGUGUUGAAAGGACUGAUGUACUUGCAUCAUGAGAAGCGCGUUAUACACCGAGAUCUGAAACCAUCGAAUAUACUAAUAAAUCAUAGGGGUGAAGUAAAGAUAUCAGAUUUUGGUGUUAGUGCCAUCAUUUCUAGUUCUUCUGCACAGCGAGAUACAUUUACUGGCACAUUUAACUACAUGGCGCCGGAAAGAAUCAGUGGGCAGAAACAUGGUUACAUGAGUGAUAUAUGGAGCUUGGGCCUAGUUAUGCUGGAAUGUGCCACUGGCAAUUUCCCAUAUCCUCCUCGUGGUAGCUUUUAUGAACUUCUUGAAGAUGUUGUCGACCAACCAUCACCUUCUGCACCAUCAGACCAGUUUUCACCAGAGUUCUGUUCAUUCAUUUCUGCGUGUAUGCAAAAAGAGGCCACAAAUAGAUCAUCUGCACAAAUCCUAUCAGCUCAUCCAUUCCUCAGCAUGUACGACGACCUGAAUGUUGAUCUUGCUGUCUACUUCAGGACUGCGGGAUCUCCACUUGUCACCUUCAAGAAUAAGUGAGACCUUUUUUCUUCUUCGCAAAUGUGGAACUCAUCAACUCACAGAAUGCACGGCCAUCAAGCAAGCAAGCGCGUAAUUGGACUGAAGCAAAGUCACUCUAUCUUAUCAUGCCCAGAGAUAAGAUAACAGAGGGAAGUUGGCAUGAAAAACAUUUCAGUUUGUUAGGCCACUACUCAAUUUUGAAGAAAGAUAGACAUGUGAGUUUUAUCUAAACUUUGGGAAGUGUGAAGUAUGCUCAAUCACACCACUCAAGCAAAAAGUUUGUGAAUCUCAAAGCAAAGGUUAUUGAAUCCCCAACACCAGGUAGGCAGUUUCGUUUCAGCAUACAGGAAGGAGCAUCUUCCAACUCUCAGGUCACUUCAACCUCCAUUAGGCAGAAGCAAGCCUCUAAAUUCUGAGUUCGGAACCAGAUGGAAAUUCAAGAAAAACUCGUGCAAAAUGGGUCACCACAGAACAUGUUUCGCUUAAUCCAGCACUGACGCAAAAGGUUUGGUAAUCUCAACAUGCAGCGGCAGAUCCAAGCUAACAUUGCCCUCUCAUUGGUUCACCUAUCCCUGUUACUGAUCGCAAGAACCAAAACUAUUCAUCUUCUUUUUUUGCCUGGAAUAGUAUGUGAGACCUUUUAAUUU